AUGGUGGAUGAAUAUGCCGUAAAGAUCGAGUUGGAGCCAGGUGUGAUAAACGGCGCUAGAGUGGUUCCCAAACAUGUGAAACGUAGCGCUGAUCCCGAAGCAAGCAACCGCACUUCCUAUGAAGACACCGAACGCGAGGAGAUCGUUGAUAUCCGCGGUAACGUAUCGCGCACUAACGCUGUUGUAAGCGUAGAUACCAUAGGAGAGUAUCACUACUGCGCCAAUGAGAUGCGUAUAGAUGUUGCCGGUCUGGUUGUGUAG